ACACAGUGCCCACGAUCCACGGUUCUGUUUGAUUAACGAUGGUGACCGUGUGGAAAUACAGUUGCGUGAUCAUCUUCGCCUGUUUCCUGCACUCUUCCUGCUUGCAAGAGCCAGAUGACCCAAGCUUGUGGGGGAAGAAGGUGGACUUUUUGCUGACGCAGUGCCGCUUCUGGCAGCUGAGUCCCGCUCUGAUCAUCCCGGAGCUGGAGGAGUUCACGCUUUGCGUGGACCUGCGUAGUAAAAUCAGCACCCAAGAUUGGACGGUCUUCAUGUACAAGAGGCACGGUGACACACGGCCGGAACUGGGGCUGUCCGGGAUGGGGGGCAUACUGCAGGUGUGGCUCUUUGGCAGAGAGUGGCCCACCCACGUUACACUGCCGGAGGACAACUGGCGCUCUAUCUGCAUGCUGCGGUCAAGGCAACCGUACCAGCUGCGCCUCUACGUUAACGGCGAUGAAGUCUUCAGCGCCUACGAGUCAAACCGCGACACAACCCGCCGUCUGGCACCCAACGGCACUCUGAGCCUGGGCACGUCCCACGGCUUCACUAACGGAGACAUGGUCCCCGAGGACGGCACCAGCUUCCUGGGCUCCGUGUCCGUGUUCCGCAUGUGGGGACACGACAUCGGCUCACACCAGCUGUCUGCGCACAGCUGCGCCGAGGGCGACAUCAUACGCUGGAAUGCGCGGGACUGGGAUAUGAAGGAGUGCCAUGCAGUGCCUGACCCCAGCCUGCCGUGUGGUGACAGUUCUCCUGUGACCCCACCCGUGAUCAUGUCCAGCACCAAAAGACAAGAACGUCAGUCUACCGAGGAGGUAUCCAGCCUUCCUCCAGAUGUCGCCGAGACAUCCGUACCUGUCUCCACCCAUAUGACCCUGACCAGCUCCGUGGGACAUGAGUCCGACAGUUUCUUCAGGGUCAGCCUUAACAUGACCAUCUCUGACAUCCCACUAGACCCCCAGGACAUCAUACAGAACUGGCUGACUGUGACUUUAGAGAAGCACCAGAUGAUGGUUCUGAAUUUGAAAGUCACCAUCCCCAGGCACCAGGAAUGGAUGAAUCCGAAGGUGGGGGAGUUUUCACAGCCUUCAAGCUGCAGCUGUACUUUCCAAGUGCAGGUCACAACACACUCAGACGUGGGUGAAACCAAGAGGCUUCUCCACGAACUCCUGCAGCAAGAAUGCGACCACGGAAUCCUGUGUGCUGAGCUCCAAAGCAUCCAGAUCUCCCUCAUAGAACCUGGGGCGUGUCUAGAGCGCAAGCAACAGACAAGACAUGGUUUCUACGUUUGGCUACAAACUGCUGCUCAGAAAACUGCCACUUUGCCCUGUGAACGUGACCCAAACAAGGCAGCCGUGAGGCUCUGUGCCCUGGAUGCCAUAUCUGAGCGGGCCAAGUGGUCUCCUGCAGAUCUCCGCUCCUGCCCGCUCAUUAUAGAAGCCAUUCCUGACCUUGAGAGUAUCUACAUCUCACCCGAAAAUUCCAUGGAUGUGCUGGAGAUAAUAACAAAUCUGACGCGUGCCCAAACCUCCCUGAGUCCCCCUGACCUGAUCAUCCUGAUCACCAAGCUAGAGGAGAUCGUCGCCAUCGUCCAGGUGACACCGCCUCUGGGCUCGGCCAUCAUCAGCAUCAUCUCCAGCAUCAUGGCUUCCGACAGUGACCUCUCAGCCGUCACUAACAACAUUCUCAAUAUUACAGACAACAUCGGCAACAGCAUGAUCUACAGCGGGGAGCAAUACGACGUGAUAACUCCCAGCCUGGCCGUCUCCCUCCUCAACGUGAACUCCUCUCGGUUCCAGGGUCUCUCCUUCGGGGUCUCGUCCAUCUUGCAGGACAGUGGCCCCGAGAUCUUCCUCAACCAGGAACCUUUCCGAAGCACUGUGGCCUUCAUCUACCUGCCGCAGGCGGUGGGCCGGUAUUUCCCCGAGAACGCUGGGAUUCCCUCCAGAGUCCAGUUUCAUUUCUACGUCAUUUCGGAUCUCUUCACGGACAAGUGGAGCCAGAUGGAGCUGAACACCUACGUCGUGUCUGCCAGUGUCACAAAUGCCACCAUCAAAGACCUGGAGCACCCAAUCUUUGUGACUCUUCAACACCGCAAACCCACCCAGCCCAAGGACAAAGUGCAGUGUGUCUACUGGGAUUUCAGCAAAAAUGACAGGCUGGGUGGAUGGGAGUCCAGUGGGUGCAGAGAAAACCAGAGCAGUGCGACCCAUACCACCUGCUUCUGUAACCACCUCACUCACUUUGGGGUGCUACUGGACGUGUCCAGGACUCCAGUGAGUGAGAUCAAUGAGAAGAUCCUGACUGUCAUCUCCUACCUGGGCUGCGGAGUUUCCUCCAUCUUCCUAGGCAUCAGCGUGCUGACGUACGCGGCCUUUGGGAGGCUUCGGAGAGACUACCCAUCAAAAAUUCUGCUUAACCUGUCAACGGCCCUGCUGGGCUUGAACCUCGUGUUCCUCGUCAACUCCUGGCUGUCGUCCUUCGGCUCUCGGGGCCUCUGCGUCGCCGUGGCAGCCGCCCAGCACUACAGCCUCCUGGCCUCCUUCACCUGGAUGGGUCUGGAGGCCGUUCACAUGUACUUCGCUCUGGUGAAGGUCUUCAACGUCUAUGUUCCCGCCUACAUUCUCAAGUUCUGCAUUCUUGGCUGGGGUCUCCCAUUGGUGAUCGUCAGCUUGGUGUUAGCAGUGAAGAUGGACGCCUAUGGCAGUGCUCUGUAUCAUGAGAAUGUUCAACCCCUGGAUGGAUCUGAGCAGUUCUGCUGGCUGCAGGACGAUGUCGUGUUCUACGUCUCUGUGGUGGCCUAUGUCCUCCUGAUCCUGCUGUGCAACAUCUCAGUGUUCGUGGUGGUCCUGGUCCAGCUUUGCAACAUCCAGCCUCCUGGCAGUCGCACUGGGCUCCUGCAUGACCUACGGGGUGUGACCAGCCUCACCUUCCUGCUGGGCCUCACGUGGAUGAUGGCCUUCUUUACCUGGGGGCCUGCUAAGGUGCCGCUGCUCUACCUCUUUGCGAUCCUGAACAGCUUGCAAGGGUUUUUUAUUUUCGUCUUCUACUGUUUGAUGAAGGAGAGUGUGCAGAAGCAGUGGAGGAUCCACCUCUGUUUCGGCCGCUUCCGACUAGCAGAACACUCAGACUGGAGCCAGACGGUGACCGGCGGUGUGAAGACCAGGCUGCACCCGCUGGUUCAUACUCCCUCGGUGAAGUCUGAGAAAUCGGAUCACUCCAGCUCUACCAGCAGCAGCUCGGGCUCCACCCAGUGUGACCAGCAGCCCGCCUCGCUCAGGAGACUCACUAAAGGAUUGUCUGCAAAGGCUCUGGUGCUGCCACGAGCCCAGUUCCGCUCCUCCCCUCUCUCGUACCCAGAAUGAGGCUCACAAAUAUGCCGUCAAAGGAAGGCGUCUCCACUCACCCUCUGGAAUCACUGCUCCGCCUCGGUCAUGUGCCCAAGGCGUGCUUUCUGUGGACGGUGGAAAUGCACUGAUCACGCCAUGCCUGGGUCCAGAUUAAAGAGCUUAAAACUGCGACUGAAUCACAUCACAGGCCCUCCUGUAGUUAAGCCCAAUUAAUACUUCACCUUUCUGCAUGUCCUUAUGAUCUGUAAAUGUCACCAUCAUCGUUCUCCGGCGGACUGACGUUAAGCCUAGAUUUCGGGCCUAGCAGGCUUUGUGCGUGUCGACUGUUGAUUCCAGUAGGUGGCAGCACUCACUUUCACAGAGCAGAGGUCAAAGAGGGGAGAGUAAAAGAAGAAGAGUAGUUGCAGUUAUGGAAGUAGCUGUGAGGAGGCGCAGAGGUGCCUGCAUAUGCAUAUGUAACUCACACUGAAGGAGCACAACAAUGUAUUCAUAUACCGAAUUUGUGUAAAGAACAUAGAAGAAAGUAAUAGAAUUUCUAUUAGUGGAGAUGGAAAUAUCUGCCAUCUGCUGGUCAGGUGGAUCAUUGCUAUAUGAAUGUGGAGACAGCAGCCGUCCUAUUAGAAUAAUGAUAUGUACACAAGAGUCCGUGCACACAACUGUGUGUGAACCAGAACAGGAAGCAGAAAAGCGAAGUAUGAACUAGGAAGUCAUGUGUCCCGUGAAGGAAAAUUGUCCUUGGUGAAAAUUCCCUGAAUUUGCAAUUGCAAAUGUCUGGUGUGGUUAAAUUCCCAAACCAAAAAGCAGAAGUACUGGAGCAGUCUUGUUAUUUAUAAUCUUUUAUUUAAACUUAAAUAGUGAAAAACUCUUUGCAAUCACCAUAGUGAAACUGAAAUCCAUAGUGUAACUGAAAUGUUAUGU